AAGAAAAGUAUCGCUUGGCACAUUGGCACAUACACCACAUACACUGGCAUCUUCUCAUCUCAAGCUUACAUUUCUUCGUUCUGGGUUCUUGCGAGUCAUUGUUCCGCUGCGCACUGUUGCGGCUGGUAUCAAGCAUCCCACCUACAAUAUCAGCUAUUCUCAGCUGUAUGUCGAGCACGAAGACUCCUGCUGUGUGGCCAGACUGGUAGAAAGGAGAAGGCUGCUGCGUCCAUCAUCAAUAUGGACGGCGAUCCGGCUGUCGACCCUAUCCUAGACACAUUCAGUUUGUGGCUUCCUCUCCCAUAUCGCGUCGCUAUAAUCAGUGUGUUUGGCAUCUGGGCCUGGGGUGCCAAUCUGCACUACCUCUCUCUCGUCAAAAUCGACGUACCAUCUUUAAUACGAUAUCCCGCGCGAACGCAUAGUCAUCAGCCUCGACACCAUGUCUCAACAUAUAGACUCGCCACCCUGCUCAGCAUUCCGCUGGCCAUCUCCCUCCUCCUUUUCUGGGUCCUCACGCGGGGCCACGCCAAUCUCGUAGAGCAAUACUCGCUGCUUCCAAAUCUAUACCUAAUCGUAGUAAUACUUGUGUUUGCCCUUCCGCUUCCGUCUGUAUCGCCAUCUGGCCGGUCGCGAUUCCUCCUCACCCUCCGACGCAUAAGCAUAGGUGGCAUCGCGGAAGCAGAUAAUGGAAAAUUUGGAGAUAUUCUGAUGGCUGAUGCGCUCACGAGCUACGCAAAAGUUAUGGGUGAUCUUUUCGUCGCGCUUUGCAUGUUUGUCAGUGGAAAGGGCAGCAGUACAAGCCGACCAGACCGAACUUGCGGAGGCGCGUUCCUCGUCCCAUUCAUUAUCAGCAUACCGAGUUUAAUACGACUACGACAAUGUUUGAUUGAGUAUUUGAGAGUUAGAAGAGCGAAUAAGCCAUCAGGUAGCAUUGGUGCCGCUGGGUGGGGAGGGCAGCAUUUGGCCAACGCGCUGAAAUAUUCCACCGCGUUUCCAGUCAUCAUAUUGAGUGCCAUGCAAAGAGGCUAUGACCCUGCAACCUUUCACAUGAGCGAGAAAGGACUUUUUCGGCUGUGGCUCCUGGCCGUGUUUAUCAAUUCUUUCUAUUCCUUUUACUGGGAUGUUGCCAAGGAUUGGGACCUCACCCUUUUCUCAAAGGAGCGCGACAACCCGGAACAUCCAUUCGGGUUGCGACGCCAUCGAUACUUUUAUGCGAAAGAGCUGUAUUACAGUGUGAUUAUCAUGGACCUUAUGCUGCGAUGUACAUGGAGUUUCAAGCUCAGUCCGCAUCUGGAUCACUUUAACGACUUAGAAGGCGGCAUAUUCUUGAUGGAAGCCUUGGAAGUCUUCAGGCGAUGGGUGUGGAUAUUCUUCAGAGUUGAGACGGAAUGGGUGCGAAACAAUCGCGGCCCUGCACCAGACGAUAUCCUUUUGGGCGAUUAUGAUACCAACAAGUACGACAGCGAUUGAAUGUACAUGCGUGAUAUAGAUUUUAGAGACAGGACGGUACGCAUAAUUAAUAGACACGACCUGAAUACUCACUGUCUGCCCAAGUACCUCGUAGACUCAAAGCUCGAGCUGCGUGAAUUUACCCCACAGUGGGGCAGCUU